GCAAGAGAAGAAUGCACGAACCAAAAUCACAGGAAAAGACGAAAACAGUUGACACAUUAUCAGUCAGCCAAUAGUACAGGAACUAUCAGAUGACGACAUAACAGCACCAAAGACUGCUACAGGUUCGCCCUCUCAGUAGUAUCCUCACUGGGUCCCUUACGAGUUGUGUUCGCUACAGCAUCCUCUCAUGGUAGACCUACAGAAAAGGAAACAGAAAUUUAUCCGGAUAGAUCGAUGAACACCAUUCUUUGAAAAGAGACAGACUUACGUAAUACUCAGAUACUUUGCCUAGAAACAAGAAGCAGUUGCCUUGCACCAGCCAGCCCGGCGCCAUGAGCAGGCCCUUCCCGCUCAGCAUAGAGCCCCUGGACGCGGCGACGCAGGCGGAGGUCGAGAAGAGGUUCCUCGGAUGUCGCUUCGGCCUCGUCAGGGUUAAGGAAACAGGCUUUCUUAUGCCUGCUCAAUAUGCCAAGUAUGCCGAGAAGUAUUAUAACUUCAGAUUCCUCGAGGACGACGUGGUGAUCAUGACCCACCCGAAGUGCGGGACGACGUGGAUGCAGGAGAUCGUGUGGACCAUGAGGAGCGGCCUCGACUUCGACACCCCGCUGGAGCUCGGAGUUCGAUCUCCCUUUUUGGAGUUUGAUUCGCUUGAAAAUCCAGAACUAGAGCCUCUUAAGGAAUGGGCGGAAGAGUUCAGGGCGAGGAACCCCGGCAAAGAUCCCAAAGAGGAAGGCUUGUACCUCUUUUUGGCUGACAGUUCGUCGUCACCUCGAACCAUCAAAACCCACUUGCCCUUUUCGCUUCUCAAUCCUUCUCUCCUUGAUACGUCUAAGGUGGUGUACGUAGCGAGGAACCCAAGAGACGCGAGUGUCAGUUAUUUCCAUCAUCAGCGGCUUGUCAUGGUCUCGGAAUUCUUAGGCGAUUUCCCCGAGUUUUUCGACUACUUCACUAAAGAUCUCGUUACACAGGGACCCUUCUGGAAGCACGUCGCGGAGGGCUGGGAGAAGAGGGACCACCCGAACGUUCUCUUCAUCUUCUACGAGGACCUGAAAGAGGACAUCCUGCGGGAGAUGCGCCGUCUCAACGCCUUCUUGGGGACGGGGUACACAGACGAGCAGCUCCUGAAGGUCGCCGAACACACCAAGUUCUCCAACAUGAAGGCCCGCUCAACGACCAACCCCACUGAGGCGGCUGUGAAGGUCGGUCGGUUCAAGGCGGGCGAGGGGGAGUUCGUCAGGAAAGGUUGGCACGCUUCGUAUGUCUGCUUCGUUUGGUGUGAUUAGUCUGUCUUUCUUGUUUUGCUGGUAAUGAUGCAUAUAUGGGUACUUGUAUUGAAACUGACAUUUUUAUUUUCAUAUCCGCAUAAGUCACAUUGUGUUUAUGAUAUCUAAUUAAUUCUUUUACAUGAAAUUCCUUUAUUUAUUCACAUUGUUCUACUGAUUCGACUACCUGCCUUCCGUGCUUUGUUUUCCUUAUUUCACAAAGCUCCCAGUCAACCUACGCAAGAUUUAUUCUACAAGAAAAAUACUUUCCGGAGUAAUGCAUGUUCACUAGAUGUCUCUAGAUAGUUCAAAAACAUACUUUACGUUGACGAAUUUUCUCUAUCAAAGGCAGAAUUGACCAUUUUAUUCCUAAUGUAACAGGACUUUAUUGCAUUAAAGACAGUAACAUCUUUACAUAUUUUUUUUAUGAUGCGAACAAAGAAGAAGUAUACAAAACAAUUUCCACUUUCUUUUACAAUUAUGUUGCUGUAAAAUGUGCAUUCUCUUUACAUUAAGCAAGAGAGUGAUUGCACAAGUCUAGGUGCAAGUGGCCUAUUGUCUGAGAUUUUGUUUUA